AAGCAGCGUUGAAAAAAACGAUGUCAUAUCACUCUGCCCUGCUUGCCUAGAUGGCCUGUUCCCUGCAGAGCUGCUGGAUUACAAAUGUUGCUGUUCAUUCAACAAUUAUUGUCAUGCAAUGGUAAGUUUUAAUAACUUUAUCCUUAAAACAAAACCAACACUAUUGAUUGCAAGGGUAAUCAGUGAUUCUCAUGCUUGCAUAUGGUGUUUUUUAUUAAUAUGCUACGCAGGCUCCGUUGACUCGUGCUAACUUAGUCACACAGGAGCCCCAAACUAACAAUUGACAAACUGCACGGGAUAUGUUGACAUCAACUCCACUGACUAAUUAAACCCCCGCCAACUCCCAAGAUUAAGCCUUAUGUCAAAAAUUCUGAACUUCCUCUUUCAUUUAUAGGAAAGUCAAUAACAUGCAAGGACAUUUUUCGGCCACCAGGGGGGAAGGGCACUGUCCCCCUGCCCCCGUCAAGCUCCGCCUAUGAUUGGAUGUCAUUGAUGAACCUCCAACUAAAAAUGGAUUGAACGUCAACCGCUGGCAAUGGCACUGAAACAUGACCACUCAAUGCCAGCUAUCCCAGUUUAAAUGGAUUUGAUGUCUACAGCUGUCGAUGGCAGUUCAUGGCAUCUCUUAAAAUAAUUUAUUCAUGUCCAUGACAGGUUUCAUGUCAUGAUUAUGACAUCCUUAUUAUGACAGUGUUAUGAUGAGCAUUCAUAUCAAGUGUGCGCGAACAUUGUCAUUUACGAGUAUGCAAACACAAAAAAGAAUUAGAUGCUCUUUCAUCAUAAAAGUAUAACGUUUCGACCUUAUUCUGUUCUUCAGGAAUCAGCAUUGGAACAUUGGCUGGUUUCGUCCAACUCACCUGUUCAUUCAUUCAUUCGUUCGUCUUCAGACAGACAGAAAAACUAAGAAUAUAAAAUUCUGUUAAAACAAUUUUACAUUUGAUUGGCAUGUUUCAGGGCAUUGACGGUGAUAGAUGUCCAAUUCAUUUUAUUUCUAAUGAAUUGGACGUCUAUGGCCGUCAGUGGCAAAGAGGUUGAAAAGUGCUCUCAAUUCAACAGGUAAUUUCAGGUUCGAGUUUUCCAUCCAAUGUGAGUCUAAACCAUCACCGGUGACGGCCAAUCAGCUCAGGGCUUGCUGGGAUUGGUCCGAUAUUUCUUCAACCUUCUUGGCAUCCUCGGCAGGCAAACAAACAGCCAAGGAGUCACCACCUGCACCUCCAGUUGUAGCCGACGACCCCUUGCGCUGCUCCGCAUCUUCCUCCUGGGGAUGGAGAACGGCCGCUGCUUCGCCAACCGCUUCUCAGACUACAACCAAGGCGCGCUGCUUCCCGACCACGGUGCCGAAAGCGUGGUUCCGGUCGUGGUGGCUACUGUGGAACGGAUCCUCCGAAAGGUGUCCGAAUUCAGCGACUCGGACGAAUGCGAUGGCGGGCUAUACGACGGUCCGGCCGGCGUGGCGUACAUGCUGUACUACGUCAGCGAGUGUCCGCUCUUCUCCGAACGGCGCGACACUUACCUGAAGGCGGCCAAGCGCAUCAUAGAUGUGGCCGUGCGCGCCGCGGACGCCGAACCAGACCGGAGCAUGCGCGCCGCCUUCCUUCUCGGCGGGGCUGGUGUGUACGCCGCGGCCGCCAUGAUCUACAAGUCUCUGGGCUUGGCCGACUUUGUCAAACCGCUGACCAAAUUUCGCAACCUGUGGGAGGUGUGCGCGCCUAUACAUUUCCUGGAGUGCGGUUCCGAUGAGCUCUUUGUGGGUCGGGCCGGGUACCUGUGUGCCACCCUGGUCCUCAGGCAGAAGCUGGGCAUUGAGAUUCUCAGUAAGGACCAAAUCAAAUCCAUCUGCCAGGCCAUCAUUGAGUCUGGAAAACAGUACGCCAGGAAGAAGAGAAAGCCUUUCCCCCUCAUGUACUCCUACUACGGAACUGAAUAUCUCGGUGCCGCCCACGGCUUGUCUUCGGUGCUGCAGAUGUUGCUGAGCUACCAGGACCUGCUGAGCGGCGCUGACAAGGACCUAGUGUGGCAGAGCAUAGACUUCCUCAUGAACCAGGAGCAGAACUGUAACUGGCCCGCUGAGCUGGGCGCCAUCAUUGAGCGCGAGAACGAACUGGUCCACUGGUGCCACGGCGCUCCGGGAGUGGCGUAUCUUUUCGCCAAGGCCUAUCUGAUUAACAAGAAGCCUCAGUACUUGGACACGUGCAUCCGCAGUGGGGAGCUGGUUUGGCAGAAAGGCCUUCUGAAGAAAGGACCUGGUAUCUGUCACGGCGUGGCAGGAAGUGCUUACGUCUUCCUGCUGCUCUAUCGUCUGACUGGCAACUCCAAAUACAUCUACAGAGCUCAGAGGUUUGCUGAGUUCCUGUUCACCGAGGAGUUCAAGACAGGCUCGCGCUCUGUCACCAGCGUGUAUAGCUUGUUCGAAGGCCUGUCCGGGACCGUCUGCUUCCUGGUAGACCUGCUGCAACCGGAGCAGGCCGAAUUUCCGCUCUUCAGCGUCUUUGAGUGAACACAGAAAAACUACUCCAAGGUGAAUUUGACUUCAAGUGAAGGAGACAAGAAGGUAUUUGUUCUUUAGGUGUAUUGAAAACUGAUAUUGUGCUUUUAACAUGUUUUUAAGUCAAUGUUCAGUUUUUCAACUUUACCUCAUAUAUGGGCCGUCCACAUGGUGACGCUGCGACACCAAGACGCAACAACUGCGUUGCGGAAUGGCCUCGCCUUGACAUGGUGACGGCGAAAACGGAAGACGAGGAUGCAAACUUUUGAUUCUAGCCUCCAAAGCACAACGAUUCAAUUGCGGGGAUUGCUCCGCAACCAUAUGCAUUGAAUGCUCUCGCUCCGAUGACGUCAGCAUUCGCACAAGUCACUUUGGGCGUGCGCAGUCACUGCUAGUAAACAUUCAAAACAGCAAACAUGGCGGACCGGCGGCUUUAAUUUACUGUUUUUAUAAUAUUUUUAUUUGUUAAUCUAAAUAUAUUUUACCUUCGCAAAACACAUGGAUGCCAUUUCUUCGAGUGUUGUCUUCCAGCCUGAAGAGGUUGUUGUCAAGGAGUGCAUCAUUGGCGGUUGCCUUGUAAAACUGCACUGCCCUGUCGGGCCUGGCAUAAAUACUGCAUUGUUUUCGCGAGAAAUUGUGACGUUGUUCGAAUGGAGGCAUGUAAAUGCAAACACGAAAUUUGUUGCAUUCUUAGAGUGUCACCAUGUAAACGGCCCCUUAGUAUUACCAUCAAACUACUCCUUAUACAACCUCUGUCGAAUGUUAUAUAGACUCACCAGUAUCGGUAGAUGUUCACCAAGUUGCUUUAUUGUGUUUAAAAAAAGGAUAAUCAUGGACAUGACACAAAACUUGUGAUUCCAAAUGGCAACUUUCUGGCUUCAGGAAACACUAGAGGGAAUCAAGAGAAAAUGUUGUCGUAGUCAGUAACGGUGACUUUUUCAGACCUGGCAAAGAGAGAAAAAUAUUAAAUCACACAAUUCUGAGGAAAAAUAUGGAAUGAUAAAACACAGUUGCGUUCCCAGCUACAUGGUGCCCUGGACCCCACCCCUUAAAAAAGAACCAAACGCCAAAAACCAACAACGGUUGAGCCAUAAAAUACAGCGCAUGAAGUGUACUAAGCACAACCCAACAACAACCAAAUUUUUAAUUUUGUACUUGUUAAAAAUGCUACAUUUUAUAACACUAUCAAACCAGUUCACAGUGCACAACAAUAAAUACUGUGCAAGGAAAUAUUAAUUUAACAUCACAUACAUGAAUAAUGAAAGCAAACAAAAUGAAUAACCACAAUGGGAGUGGAUCAAACUCCCAGGUGGCAUAUUAAAAUGGUUCAGUCUAAUGGGACACUCAGAUUCCCAUUCUCUGUGUUUAGGAAGCUGAACAGGACAGGUGAAAACAAAUCAUAAUAAUUAUAGAGGAAAUACAUAUACAGUACAUUAUACAAUUAGGUCAAAUAUUCAAGUAACCGCGGUCUGCAGGGGGCGUCAUUACAACUUAAGGGGCACCAAUGAUAUAAUACAGUGGUACCUCGACAUCCAAUUGUUUUGACGUCCGACGUAAAAUUUGACUUGCCAUUUGUCUCAACGUAUAGUGAGGAUUUUUCUGUAUUUGUGUAUCAAAUACUUGUUCUCCCCACUGUAUGACGACAUGCUCGAAAUACGACGAUUUAUGACAGCAUCGCAAUUUCAUUCAAGAAGGUUAGUGCAGCUGGUGAAAAAGGAAAAAGGUGACUCUUACCAUUUAAAUUAAGAAGGAAAUGAUAGAAAAAUAUGAGUGUGGUGUGCGUGAACGGAACAACAGCAGAAUAACAAUAGAACAUGAAAAGCAAAAGUAAAAACUUCCCAUUCUACCGCACCUCUCUUUCUCGUCAGUCACACGAUGCGUUCAGGAACAGCAUGAAAAACACAACUGCUACAUUAGAACCCGAUUCGUUACAUUAAUUUGUUGUUGUUAUUAUUACUUGUAUUACAUUAUUCAGUCAUUCAAUCAUUUUGCAAACUUAUUAUUUUGAUUUGUAUUUAUAAUUUUGUUUUGCUAUGUGGAAUUUGUAUUAGUAAUUGUACCUGCAGUAUUUAUUAAGGAUUUAGCAUAGGUUUUAAGACAGUGAAACGAAUUAUUGUAGUGUUACAAACCAGGUUCUGGAACGAAUUAAAUUCAUAUGUAGCGGUACUUCUGUACUAGACAAUCCCUCGCAUGGCCCCCGAGCAAUGUGCUGUUCCGGACGACCACUCAAACUGCUCGUGCCACGAACCGUGUUGUGAUGUAAUCGGUCUUUGUCAAAAUCACACAAAUGAAAAAACAGUGUCUGCCCUAACUAAACUACCCAAACAUUUAUAGGUUUUCAUAAUUUAAUUAGGACAUUAUGCAAACAAUGGCAGAAGAGGGAAAAAUAAGUAACCAAACUAUCACAUUUAAUAUUUUGUCGCCCGCCCUUUGGCAACAACAACUUCAACCAGACGCUUCCUGUAGCUGCAGAUCAGUCUGGCACAUCGAUCAGGACUAAUCCUGGCCCAUUCUUCUCUACAAAACUGCUGUAGUCCAGUCAGAUUCAUGGGAUGUGUCAUGCCACAGCAUUUCAAUGGGGUUCAAGUCUGGACUUUGACUUGGCCAUUCCAGAACGUGUAAUUGGUUCUUCUGAAACCAUUCUAAAGUUGAUUCACCUCUGUGUUUUGGAUCAUUGUCUUGUUGCAGCAUCCAUACUCUUUUUAGCUUCAACUGUCUGACAGACGGUCUCACGUUUUCAAGCAAAACAUCCCAAUAAACUUUUGAAUUCAUUCUUCCAAUAAUGAUUGCAAGUUGUCCAGGCCUUUCUUCCAUUAAUGAUUGCAAGUUGUCCAGGCCCUGAGGAAGCUAAACAGACCUAAAUCAUGAUGCUCCCUCCACCAUGCUUCACGGUGGGGAUGAGGUGUUGAUUUUGGUGAGCUGUUCCAUUUUUCCUACACACAUGACAUUGUGUGUUACUCCCAAACAAUUCAACUUUGGUUUCAUUGGUCCACAAAAUAUUUUGCCAAAACUUCUGUGGAGUGUCAAAGUGACAUUUUCUGACCAUUAAAUGAGCAACAAUGUUUUUUUAGACAGCAGUGGCUUCCUCCGUGGAGCCCUCCCAUGAAAACCAUUCUUGGCCAUAGUUUAACAUAUACCAUAAUUUUUGCCGCUACUUUUUUCCUCAUUUUGAGUCCUGCGGUCUAUAGUCCAGUGCGGCUUAUUUGUUGAUUUAUUUGGGUUAAUAGGAAACACUUUACUUUUUUUUUUGACUGUGGCGUCAUAAGACUGCCAUGAAACCGUCAUAAUUAUGACUUGACAUUUACAUGGGCAUUAAUGAAUGCUUAUGACAGAUGUCAUUAAGUGUCAUUCGGCAAAUGAUGUCACUAACUCCAUUCAUGUCCAGCUAGGAUCUUUUACAUCCAUUCAAAAGAGAUAAGUUGUCGGAUGACACAAAAUGAUGUAUGUCAUGAGAAUUCAUUAAUGCUCAUGGCAGUGUCAUGUCAUUAUUAUGAUGGUCUUAUGACAGUCUUAUGGUGCCACUGUCAAAUAAAGUCUUACUAAAUUCCAUUACUAGCAGUUAAUGAAACAACUAGAACAGUAACUGAAGAAAUAAUUGGCACAGAACAUGAAUUCUGAUUGUGAUUUACAUCUGUAGCAUUGCAAUGCAUGCUAGGGAUGUUGGACGACAACAGCGUUGACAGCAGAGGUUGAUUGUCUCCUCCAAGAGAACAGUGAUGGCCAAAUGAGGCUUCUUGAAGCAAUAAAGCUUUGCAGCCAUUGAUUCAAAGCUUCAUGGUAGUUGAUUUGGUCUUAUGACAGACACUUAUAAUACAGUGAGGACAGCUGCGGCUUACAGUCCAGAGUGGCUUAUCUAUGAACAAAUGCCGUUUUUGUGUCAAAUUUGGUGGGUGGCGGCUUAUAGUCAGGUGGGCCUUAUAAAUUAUGGUUGUUGAUGGGUGCACAGAGAUAUUGGACACUGCCAGUGAUUUCUGUAACUCUUUAGCAGACACUGUAGGGUUCUUUUUUACCUUUCUGUGUAUUCUGCGCUGAAAUCUUGGCAUCAUCUUUGGUGGAUGCCCACUACUUGGGAGAAAAGCAACAGUGCCAAACUCUCUCCAUUUGUGGACAACUUCUCUGACUGUUGAUUGAUGAGCAUACAGACUUUAAGAGAUGGUUUUGUAUCCUUUCCCAGCUUUAUACAAAUCAACAAUCCUUGAUCGCAAGUCUUCAGACAGCUCUUUUGACCGAGCCACGAUGCACAUUAGACAAUGCUUCUCAUCAAGACAAUUCUUACCAGGUGUGCAUUUUAUAGUGUGUAGCUUUAAACCACUCAUCAGUGAUUGGGCACACACCUGACUUAAAUUGUUUGGUAAAAAUAGGUUUUAAUUGCUCUUUAAGUCUCCUUAGGCAGAGGGUUCAUUUACUUAUUUCCCCCCCCUCUGUCUUUGUUUUAAUGCUAUCCUCAUUAAAAUAUGAAAACUUAUAAAUGUUUGGGUGGUUUUAGUCAAGGCAGACACUGUUUUUUCAUCUGUGUGAUUUUGACAAAGAUUAGAUCACACUUGAUGGUGAUUUCAUGCAAAAUGUGAGAAAUUCCAAAAGGUUCAGAUACUUUUUCAUACCACUGUACAUUGUCAUGGACCAUUUUCUUCAACUUCCACCACAAAUUUUAAAUUGGAUUGAGAUCCUUACAGUUUGCAGGCCAGGAAAUUAACCUUAUGUGUCUUGAAGGACAUUUUUAGAGUCAUCUUGAAAAACGAUAUCAUCCCCAAAGAUCCUUGAUGGGACAAGAAAUGUGAAUAACAUGUCAAAAUAAAAUUGUGCAUUUAUUUAUCAAAGGUGUCUCAAGCUUCUGUUUUGUCACAGAAAUAUACACUGUCCCUACUUGGGAAUAUGAAGAAUAUUUGGUUAUGUUCUGGUUCAGCUUUGCUUCUUCUAGCGCAGUGUCUUGAACAUAUAAGCAUAGAGUUGAAAUUUUGCUGUUGACCAAAUAUUUAUUUUCUGCACCAUUAAAAAAAUACUGUACAUUUUUUAAAGAUCAGUUAUUUCUUAAUUUUUUCCCUUCUUCAACUUUUGCUCAAAAUAAUUGCAUUCAAAUGACAUCUUUUUCAGAGUAACAUUCAGAUACAGCUAAACAGUAAGAAAAGAAUACAACAGCCAAAACCUGAUUAACUCAUUCAUUUCCAUUGAUGAUGACAGAUGUCCGAUCCAUUUCGACUAAGAGGGGAGAAAUGAACGAAUGUUCAAUUUUUCAUUCGCUGCAAGCCCCCCCUACUCAAAAUGGAUUGGACAUCUAUCACCGUCAAUGGCUGCCAAUGUUAUAGUACCUUAAGGAUACUUUUGAAGUGCGUUGAUGGCGGCUUAACGUAAUGCAUAUAAGGGUUAAGAUUUUUUUUUUUUUUUUUUUUGCAUCUUAAUAUGACAUUGACAAUGCAGUCAUAUUAGAAGCCUGGAUGAUGCAUAGCGCUUAUAUGACGUCUAGAAAUAUUACAUCAAUUGUGGGAAAAUUGUAGAAAUUCUAUGCUGUGGUCCCACUGCCCCAAGCCAAGCUCUCCUAUUUUAAUGCAUACAUUGCACUACCCCCCCCUCACAAUCCCAUCACGGUGCUGGGUAAUGGCUGCCAGCUGGGAACCUGGCAGCCACAGUAAUAGGGUGGUAGGUGGGUCCCACACUUUUUCCCUAUGGCGUGGCUCCUGGGGCGUGGCCUCCCCUCUGCCUGGGCUACUGGCCGCGGGAGUGGGGGGAGGUCGGGGCUCCGAUCUUGCGUCGCCCCGUGACAGCUCCUCAGCGUUCUCUUCCCUCCCUUCUCUG